CCUUAUUCUCCAACCAAAAAGUAUUCAUCUUUCUUUUAUCCUACAUGACACAAAGACCAUUGGGCAGCAUCCUCUUGAAUUCGGAAGUUGAAGACUUUCUGCAUAGUUUCCCACUAUAUAUGUAGGAUUACUCACAUCACAUUUUGACACACACAAACAGGAGGAAAAGCAACAAUGAAGAAGACUAUUUUCGCUCUCUCACUAUGUUAUAUAGUUUCUCUCUCAUCUGCAUUACUAGGCUCGGACAAGAUCGGCAUAAACUACGGCCGGAUCGGAAACAACCUGCCGUCGCCCUACCGCUCCAUCGAGCUUCUCCAAUCGAUGAACAUCCGACACGUGAAGCUUUACGACUCCGACCCCGAAGUCCUAAAGCUUCUCUCGGGCAUCAACAUCCACGUCACGGUCAUGGUCCCCAACGACCAGAUCUCGCGCAUCGCCUCGAAUCGGUCCGAGGCGGACGAGUGGGUCAACAAAAACGUCCUGGCCUACUACCCGAGCACGAAGAUCAGGUUCGUGCUCGUGGGGAACGAGGUGUUCAGCCACAACGACCAACGGGUCAUGUGGCUGGACCUCGCGCCCGCGAUGCGAUACAUUAGGAAAUCCCUAAGCGAGCACGACAUCCACAACAUCAAAGUGGGGACCCCCGUGGCCAUGGACGUGCUCGAGUCGAGUUUCCCGCCCUCAGCCGGGAAAUUCCGGCCUGACGUGGCUGAGGUGAUGACGUCGGUGGUGAAGUUCUUGAACGGAACGAGAUCCUUCUUCUUCCUCGACGUGUACCCCUUCUUCCCGUGGUCGGAAAACCCAACGAACAUGAGCCUCGACUUUGCGUUGCUCAAGGAAGGGAAUGGGACUUACAUCGACCCAAACACUGGAUUGAUCUACACAAAUCUUCUCGAUCAAAUGCUUGAUUCCGUCAACUUCGCCAUGGAGAAGAUCGGUUUCCACGACGUUAGGAUCGUGAUCGCCGAGACCGGGUGGCCUCAUGAAGGCGACAUCGAUCAACCCGGCGCCAACGAACACAAUUCAGAUACCUACCUCUGCAACCUCGCAGCCAAGAUGUCGUACGAGCCGCCGCUUGGGACGCCGGCUAGGCCAGGAGUUGAGAUUCCGACCUUCAUUUUCUCUCUCUACGACGAGAAUCAGAAGCCCGGGCGCGGCACCGAGAGGCACUGGGGUCUUCUAAACAGCAGGGGGCGAUCGAUCCACCAGAUGGAUUUGUCCGGGGCAUGCCCCGCCGGAGAUAAAGGCGGAGCACGACAUUUGGCGAAGCCGGUGAACAACCGGCCUUACAAAGGGAAGAUAUGGUGCGUUUUGGCGAAGACGACGGCGAGGGAAAUGGAGUUGGCGUCAGCCGUGGAGUUCGCCUGCCUGCAAGGCAACGGCACCUGCAAAGAACUGGCUCCGGGGGGUGCAUGCUACGAGCCGGUGUCGAUCGUAUCUCAUGCGAGCUAUGCGUUCAGCUCUUAUUGGGCUAAGCUCAGAGGUGAUGGUGCCUCUUGUUACUUCAAUGGCCUUGCAGUUCAGACCACUGUCGAUCCCAGUCAUGGGUCGUGCAAGUUCCCGAGUGUGAUGGUGUGACCAUGGAGAUUAAUUUGGAUGAUGAACGAUGCUUGGAGGUGUAUGGUUUAAUUUGAUUAAUUAGUUUUCUAAGGUCUUUUUAUUUUGUUUUGUUAUUGUUAUAGUUUCAAUAUGUAUACUUUUUGAAGAAUAUAUAUGGUGUGCUUUGUACCGAGAA